AUGAAGAAAGUCAUCCGUUAUCUCCAGGACCAAGCCCUUGAGGCUUCACAGCAGAAGUAUUCAGGCUCAGCAUAUCUUUCCCCGAAGACCAAAGAACCUCAACAGCGGGUCAAACACCAUAGCCCGUCAUAUUUUAAGGAUCAGCAUACUUCGCACCAUCACUCGCGCUCGGCGCACCCCAGCUCGGCAGCGCACAGCUUUCCCGCCCACACAGCAGCCGGGACUGGGCUUCCUGGAUCUAAUGGAAAUCACAUCUCGGAGAAGAUCCACCGCGAUAUUACACGGCACCAAUACGCUCUGGACAACAUCCUUCAAUCCUACGAGCUGUAUGUUCCCGAAUUGGAUCACUCGCACCUGGCCGACCCCAGUGGGAACAAGUACUGGGUUGUUUUCGUUCAUGGUGGUUACUUUCGUGACCCGACAGUCACGAGCUCAUCCUUCUACCCAGCUCUCGACCAACUGGUCUCGGGAAAAGCAAACGAUUACCGCCCCCUCCAUAAUCCUUUCAGAACCGACCAGCGUGUACCGGCGGCUGCACCUUACAUUGCGGGAUAUGCGUCCCUGAACUAUCGUCUGUCGCCUCAUCCAGACAAGGCGCCUCAGGACCCAUCUAAAACACCAGCGUACGAGCUCCGGAAUGCUAAAUGGCCGGAUCACAUCCACGACAUCCUCACCGCCAUUCAACAUCUACAGAACAGAUAUGGCUUUGGCGAGCGGUACUUGCUUGCAGGACACAGUGUGGGCGCUACAAUGGCAUUGUUGAGCACCAUUGCGGCCCACCGAUCGUUCUCGAAUGGGAAUCCAUCUGAACUGCCCACGAUUCAACCGCCUAUGGCUGUGCUCGGUGUUUCAGGCAUCUAUGACUUCCCGCUCCUCCAUGAGUCGUUCGCCGACUACAUCGGGAUGACGAGGAACGCCAUCCCGGAUGCGGCUGACGAUGUGCUUGCCAGCCCUGCAAGGUAUGGUGCAAAGGACUACGUGGAUGCCUGGGCAGCUACUGGGGCAAAGAAGAGGGCGUUGGUCAUUGCGCACUCCAAGGACGACGGGUGGGUCGAUUGGAAGCAGGUUGAGGCAAUGGAGAAGGUCUUUGCCGCGAGUGGGUCGGUGAUCAAUAGCAGUGUUGUCGAAUUGAAAGGUCAACAUAAUGAUAUUUGGGAAAAAGGGACGGAGUUAGCCAGAGCCAUUGCUCAGGCGGUGGAUAUAAUGAGGGGUCUCGAGGGAAAUGGGCAGUGA